UUCUUUUAGAUUUUGAUAAUAUAUUAAGAAAUAAUGGCAGAUGAGGAUCAAGAUGGAAAUUCUGCUAUGCAGACAGAGCUAGAUCAAAGCUCAUUACCCAAAGAUGCACAAGUGAUAACUUCUAUACUAAAAGAUAUGGGAGUGACAGAAUAUGAGCCAAGAGUGAUCAAUCAACUUCUUGAAUUUGUUUACAGAUAUGUCACAGAUGUUCUGGAUGAUGCUAAGUUGUACUCAAGUCACGCUGGUAACAGUAGUAUUUCAAGAGAGGAUGUCAAAUUUGCUAUCCAGAUGAAGCUAGAUCAUUCCUUUACAAAUCCUCCACCCAGAGAUUUCUUGGUUGAUUUGGCAAGACAGAAGAACAGCACAGCAUUGCCAACUUUGAAGACAUACACAGGGGCAAGGUUACCUCCUGAUCGAUAUUGUCUCACUUCUUCUAACUACAGACUCAAAUCCCAAUCAAAGUCUUUACGAAAGAUGUCCCGACAAGGAUCUAGCUCAGUGGGUUAUGGACAUCAACAACCUACAUAUAAACCAACAGUAAAUACUCAGAUGGCUACACCUGGAAAAAGGAAAUGGCAAGAUGUUGAUGAUUAUGACAUAUGAUUUGUCAUUUGAGGGAAGGAAUCAACUAAUAGCUUACUCAUUGAAAGAGAAUUGCCUGCUGCAAAACGUUCAGUCGCCGGCUAAAAUCAAGUUUAGCAGCAAUUCGGUGGCGAAGUAAAGAAUUUUGGAUUGGGGCUUUGUUUUUUGCGAUCCUUUGUUAUUUUGUAGAAAUCAUCUAUUUCUAACAUAUAUUUUGUCCUUUAUUAUUUACCAUUACUACAUUGUAAAGAAGUUUACAUUCGAAAAAUUGAAAAGUACAGAAACAGCUUAUUAAUUUCUAGAAAGCAGUGAUGGGAUUCGAAAUUUUAAGAACAGGCCUCUCUUGUAUUGAACUCUCCAACAACAGGCUUCCUCCUUUCAGACUACCAUGCCAAA